CUUUGUUGCCUUGCACAUUCUUAUCGAACUCGCUCGGAUCCUGAGUUGAGGACCUUUUGGUCUCGUAUAUAUCGAACCACUUUAUUUCUUCCCUUUUUUCUCUUUUCUUAAUAUCCAACAGAACCCCCCGAUCUGAAUCCCGACGGCCUAUCGAUAAGGGCUAUCCAAGGAACCUCCCCCACUCAGAAGACUUUCGGUCGCCCCCCUCCCACCCCGCUAUUACUGGUCCACCUUCGCUCGAGUUCUUUUUUUCCCUUUUCUCGCCUUCACGGACAGCUUCUGGCUUCUGACCGUCUUCUUCCUUUCCGCCUUCCCACCUCCCUCCCUCCCCCUCUUUCCCUCCCCAUCAACGACCCUCUAUCUACAAAAAUGGUGUCCGCUUCCAAAGCCGCUCGUCUGGCCAAGCGUGCCGCUGAUGGCGACAAGAAGAAGACUUCCAAGUCUAAGAAGGAUGCUGAGGACACCCCUGUCGUCGACGGCGAGGGCGAUGAGCAGCCUGCGACCACCGACGAGAAGAUGAAGGAGGUCGAGAAGUUGACUGCCCAGAUGGACAAGCACGGUCUCUCCGAUCGUGUCACUACCGGUGUUCUUGCUUCGUUGCCCGCCUCCCGCGACGUCAAGGUCACCUCCGCCUCCCUGGUGUUCCACGGAAAGGUCCUUAUCACCGACUCUACCCUCGAACUCAACUUCAGUCGUCGUUACGGUCUCCUUGGUGAGAACGGCUGUGGAAAGUCCACUCUUCUCAAGUCUAUCGCCACCCGCGAGUACCCUAUCCCCGAGCACAUUGAUAUCUACCUUCUCAACGAGGGUGCCCCUCCCAGUGACCUCGGUGCCCUUGAGUGGGUUGUCACUGAGGCCCAGAACCAGCUCGACCGUAUGGAGAAGCAGGCCGAAGAAAUCCUCGAGAAGGAAGGCCCUGACAGCCCUAUCCUUGAGGAUCUGUACGACCGUAUGGACAAGAUGGACCCCUCGACCUUCCACACCCGUGCCUCCCUGAUCCUGACGGGUCUGGGUUUCAACAAGACGACUAUUCACAAGAAGACCAAGGACAUGUCCGGUGGUUGGCGUAUGCGUGUGGCCCUUGCCAAGGCCCUCUUCGUCAAGCCUUCCCUGCUUCUGCUGGACGACCCCACUGCUCACUUGGAUCUCGAAGCCUGUGUGUGGUUGGAAGAAUACCUGAAGAAGUGGGAGCGUACCCUCAUCCUCGUGUCCCACUCCAUGGAUUUCCUGAACGGUGUCUGCACGAACAUGAUCGACAUGCGCAUGAAGCAGCUCCUCUACUACGGUGGUAACUACGACUCUUACCACAAGACCCGCGCUGAGCAGGAAACCAACCAGAUGAAGGCCUACACCAAGCAGCAGGAGGAAAUCGCUCACAUCAAGAAGUUCAUUGCUUCCGCCGGUACUUACGCCAACUUGGUCAGACAGGCUAAGUCCCGUCAGAAGAUCCUCGACAAGAUGGAAGCCGAUGGUUUCAUCCAGCCCGUCAUUCCCGAUCGGGUCUUCAGCUUCCGCUUCGCCGACGUCGAGAAGCUUCCUCCUCCCGUCCUGUCUUUCGACGACGUCUCUUUCUCCUACUCUGGAAAGUGGGAGGACACCCUCUAUGAGCACCUGGACUUCGGUGUCGACAUGGACUCCCGCACAGCCCUUGUCGGACCUAACGGUGUCGGAAAGUCCACUCUGCUGCGUAUUAUGACGGGCAAGCUGAGCCCCAUUGGUGGUCGUGUCAGCCGUCACACUCACUUGAAGCUGGGCAUGUACAGUCAGCACUCCGCCGAGCAGCUGGAUCUGACCAAGUCUUCCCUGGAGUUUGUCCGUGACAAGUUCCCCGAGAAGAGUCAGGACUACCAGUACUGGCGCCAGCAGCUGGGCCGUUACGGUCUCAGCGGUGAGUCCCAGACUGCCCUCAUGGGUACCCUGUCCGAAGGUCAGAAGAGUCGUAUCGUUUUCGCCCUGUUGGCCAUCGAAUCCCCCAACAUGAUCUUGCUGGACGAGCCUACCAACGGUCUCGAUAUCCCCACCAUCGACAGUUUGGCCGAUGCCAUCAACGCCUACAGCGGUGGUGUUGUCGUCGUGUCCCACGAUUUCCGUCUGCUCGACAAGAUCGCCAAGGACAUCAUGGUCUGUGAGAACAAGACCGUCACCCGCUGGAACGGAACCAUCGGCGAGUACAAGAACCACCUCCGCAAGAAGAUGAUUUCUGAGGGUGCUGUCUAAGAAGCCAACGCAACAUGCUUUUGGUUUUCUUGUUUAUGAUUGGAAUGUUAGAGACGACACAUGCAAAUAAAAGGCUGUAGGGGGAAAAGUUUCUUACAGGAGAGAUGAUCCAUCCUGAAUGACAUUGGGGGGUUGUCCGUUUUUCGUCUUUAAAUACCUGGAGAUAUCUUGCUCAUUAUUUGGGUGCUUGUUUUAGAUGGUCUGUUUCAUACCUCAUCCCCUACUAGACUUGAGCGUUUGAGGGUUCAAUUUGAUAUCAUUCCCUUUUCUAUAUAUAUGUUUGAACCGUAGCUUUCCUAGUGCGUGCAAGAUUUUCAGUCUAGUAGCUUCAAAGGAACUACUGUCGAAAUCUAGAUUCUUAGUCGGUUAAUCGCAGACAU